CAUUAGAUUUUUAGUACUACACUUUGUUGUUAGGUUGUCAGCUGAAAUCAUUUUGUCUUUUGACUUUCUUCUUUGUCAAACUUGAUGAACUCAAGAACAACAAGUAAUCUUUAUCUCUGAAUCUGCAACAAUAUUCAACAACAGUUUUAAAGAUUUACUCAUAAAGUUGUUGAAUUUAGAAAGCAUUUGAAGAUGGUGGGAUUCAAGCUUGAAUCUUGUGGAAGAUUGAAGAUGAUGGGAUUUAAGUUCAAAUCAAGUGGAUGUGUUUUUGCUUUUGCUGUUCACUUAUUGCUAAUGAUUGCAGUUGCCAAAGUUACUGAUCCUUCUGAAGUAUCUGCAUUGCUCGCGGUCAAAGGUAAUUUAGUUGAUCCGAUGAAUCAACUUAAGAACUGGAAUAAAGGCGAUCCAUGUACAUCAAAUUGGACCGGUGUUAUAUGUGUUCAUAAAACCAAUGUCGAUAAAUUCUGGCAUGUUCAGGAAAUACAACUACUAAACAUGAAUCUUUCUGGACAUUUAGCUCCCGAACUCGGUCAACUCUCUCAUCUGAAAAUUUUAGAUUUCAUGUGGAAUAACUUAACCGGCAGUAUACCCAAAGAGAUUGGAAAUAUUCAAUCUUUGGUACUCUUGCUUUUGAAUGGAAACCGAUUAACCGGAAGUUUACCCGUUGAACUUGGUAAUCUUACAAACUUAGACAGGUUCCAAAUAGACCAGAACGAGAUAUCGGGACCGAUUCCCGAAUCAUUUUCGAAUUUGAACAAUAUUAAACAUAUCCAUUUCAACAAUAACUCGUUGACUGGUCAAAUUCCCGCUGAACUGUCCAACCUAUCUACUCUAAUGCAUUUGCUUUUGGAUAAUAAUAACUUAUCUGGCUAUCUUCCACCAGAAUUUGGAAACUUUCCAAAUCUGCACAUACUUCAACUUGAUAACAAUCACUUUGAUGGUGAAAUUCCUUCUUCAUAUGGAAAUCUGUCAGAAUUACGGAAAAUAAGCCUUCGAAACUGUAGUUUGCAUGGACCUCUUCCCGAUCUUAGCAGAAUACCAAAUCUCAGCUACAUAGAUCUCAGCAGAAACAGCCUCACUGGAUCUAUACCAUCAAAUAAGCUUUCAAAUAAUAUGACAACUAUUGAUUUAUCAGAUAACUUGUUGAACGGGUCGAUACCCGAAAGUUUGUCGAAUCUUCCUUUUCUUCAAAAGCUGUCGUUGGAGAACAAUUUUCUAAACGGUUUCAUAUCAGCCGAUCUAUGGCAGAACAAGUCGUUUAGUGCAACCUCAAAACUUCUACUUGAUUUUCGAAAUAAUUCUCUUUCAAAUGUUAGAGGAGAUUUAAGUCCACCUGUAAAUGCUACCCUAAGGUUACACGGAAAUCCCAUUUGUCGAAAUUCAAGCAUACAAAACAAAGAUCAAUUUUGCGAACCUAAAGAAUUCGAAGAGUUUAUACGUGCCAUUUCGACAAACUCAACCGAAUGUCCAAUUCAAUCAUGUCCCAUAAACAACUACUUCGAAUACGUUCCCGGGGCCCCCACCCCAUGCUUUUGUGCUUCACCUCUUAGAAUCGAUUACCGCCUUAAAAGUCCAAGUUUUUCUUACUUUCCACCUUAUCAAGACCAAUUUGAAUAUUAUGUCACUAGUUCUCUUGACUUGGACUUCUAUCAACUAAAUAUUGACUCAAUUAUGUGGGAAAGAGGGCCCCGUUUACGGAUGUCUUUAAAACUUUUCCCGAAAGCGGGUCCCGGGCGCUCACAAGUUUUUUCUGCAAGUGAUGUUUUACGAAUUAGAGGAAUUUUUACCACAUGGGUAUUUCCCGGGAGUGAUUUAUUUGGACCGUAUGAGCUUCUGGAUUUCACUCUUGUUGGACCUUAUGCGUAUUUGAACGUUGCAACACCGAGAAAAGGCAUCAGAAGAGCCGUAUUAAUAACCAUUGUCGUCGUAGCGGUUGUUUGUGCCGUGUUAGUUUCUUCAAUAUUGACGGUUGUGAUCAAGAAAGGGCAAGAGAGAUACAAACACACAUUAUCAAGAAAAUCUUUACUCUCAAAGCUUUCGAUCAACAUUGAUGGUGUUAAAAGCUUCACCUUUCAAGAAAUGGCUAAUGCAACCGCAAAUUUUAGCGAUUCAAGUCUUGUUGGCCAAGGUGGUUAUGGGAAAGUUUAUAGAGGAAAAUUAUGGGAUAAGAAAACGGUAGCUAUAAAACGCGCAGAAGAAGGGUCGUUACAAGGCGAAAAGGAAUUUUUAACAGAAAUAGAAAUUUUAUCAAGAUUACAUCAUAGGAAUCUUGUAUCUCUUGUUGGAUAUUGUGAUGAGGAACAAGAGCAGAUGCUAGUUUAUGAGUUCAUGCCUCAAGGAACAUUGAGUGAUUGGAUAAAGGCGAAAUCUGGCAAACGGUUGAGCUUCAGAAUGAGGUUACAGGUGGCACUAGAUGCAGCAAAAGGAAUUCUUUAUCUUCACACGGAAGCCAACCCACCGAUAUUCCACCGCGAUAUUAAAUCAAGCAACAUUCUUCUUGAUUCCAACUUCGUUGGUAAAGUUGCUGAUUUUGGGCUGUCCAGGCUGGCACCAAACUUGGAUGAUAAUGGUGCCGGACCGAACUAUGUAUCCACACUUGUUAGAGGAACACCCGGUUAUCUUGAUCCCGAAUACUUGUUGACCCAUAAGUUGACAGCCAAGAGUGACGUUUAUAGCCUUGGAGUUGUACUUUUGGAGAUUCUGACCGGUAUGAAACCAAUAUCACAUGGAAAAAACAUCGUCCGUGAGGUCAAAAUAGCUCAUCAAGCAGGAAUAAUGUUCUCAAUUAUCGAUAACAAAAUGGGUUCAUACCCUUCUGAAUGUGUUGACAAGUUUGUAUCAUUGGCUCUUUGGUGUUGCAACGAUAAGCCCGAAAAACGGCCAUCUAUGUUAGAUGUGGUCCAUGAGCUAGAGCACAUACUGGAAAAGAUGCCCAAAACGGGUGUUGACUUUUCAGAGACCGGGUCAAACUCGUUCGUGGAAACAUCAUUGACUUUUAAUAGCUCAUCAAAUGUCUCAGGAGGUGAUCUUAGCAAUGGUGAAAGUUCUGUAGUCUAUCCUCGUUGACGCACCAAGAAAUUUUGCACCAAAUUUGGACAAUUUUUACAAGUAGAAGGACCUAAUGUGAACAAAAAGAUCAUGUUUUACAUAGAAAUAUUAGAGAGUUGUAUAUUUGUAUAGAUGUGCUUCUAUAGUUUUGUUUAGAGUAAAGUACACGGAUGGUACUUGUGGUUUACCAAAAUUUUGGAUUUAGUCCCUAGUUUUUCAAAAGUACACGGAUGGUCCUUGUGGUUUGUAAUUUGUAACGCAUUUAGUCCCCAACUUUUUCCAAAAGUACAUGGAUGGUCCCUGUGGUUUGCACUUUUGGAAAAAGUUAAGAGACUAGAUGCGUUACAAAGUGCAAACCACAGGGACCAUCCAUGUGACUUUUGGCAAAGUUAGGGACUAAAUGCGUUACAAAGUGCAAACCAUCAGGACCAUCCGUGUACUUAUGGAAAGCUAGGGACCAAAUACAAAACUUUGGUAAACCAUAGGGACCAUCUGUGUACUUUACUCUUUUUUUAUGUGUUAUAUAUGUGUCUAACAUUCGAAUGA